AUGUUUCCAAUACGUUCGGGAAUGAACUUCUUCCAGUCUAACGUCGACAAUUUUGCUGCAUUCCCGUUAUGGGGACACCUUAUUAUCACCUCGCCAGUUGAGUUGGCCGUGAGUAUAAACGAUCGCGCAAUACGGGAGCCACAUGCAGCAAUUAAGCUAAAACCUAUUGAUAGUUCAGUUACUUCCAGCACGACUGAAUUUAACGACCGUGUUUCUGGUUUGAUGUUCAUAUCCAUACGAUUGGGAUCGUUGGAGUUCGCAGUUGUUCUUUGCACGAAAGAAGACGGUUUCUCGAAAGGGUCCCAUUUGGAGCUGCCAACAUCGUGGCGGUCCGUGAUCCGUGAGGAUUCCACGAACGCUAACGUUGACGGAGAUACUGUAAGACGUGCUAUACGAUAUGGAGAUGAAAUUAUUCUCAAAGCGAACUCGUCGCCAUCAACCACGAGUGGUACUGAGAAAAAAGAACCCGUGGAUCUUUCAAUUGACAUGAAACUGACAUCAGGAGUGGUGGCCGAUUUCACUACAAGCACAGAUGGCUUCUCGUGUGAACGAUGUGGAAGACUCUUCAGUUAUUCCUAUUAUCGUGAUAAACAUCUCAAAUAUACACGGUGCGUCGACAAUGGCGACAGGAAAUUCCCUUGUUCGAUCUGUCAAAGAUCGUUCGAAAAAAAGGACCGACUUCGCAUUCACGUUCUUCAUGUGCACGAGAAUCACCGACCCCAUUUGUGCACAGUGUGUGGCAAGGCAUUUAGCCAAUCCAGCAGUCUGAACAAGCAUCUCCGGGUGCAUUCUGGCGAACGACCCUACAAAUGUGCAUUUUGUCCGAAGGCGUUUACUGCGUCGUCCAUACUUCGCACACAUACGCGACAGCACAGCGGUGAAAAACCAUUCAAGUGUGCAUAUUGUGGAAAGGCGUUCGCAUCUCAUGCCGCUCAUGAUAGUCAUGUUCGACGCAAUCAUGAAGCUCAGAAGAGUUGA